AUGGCCCCUUCUACUCCUACACCCAGCCCUUUCGCCGCCAUGAGGAACUUUGGUGGUAUGGUGUCAUCUGCUCUUUCUUUCGGCGACAGGUCUCGCCAAGUCUCCUCCCUCGGCCUCGGCACUCUCUCUCUGGGGGAGCCGUCUGGCGCUCCCGCGCCCCCUCGCUCCGCCUCUCCCUCCGCUGGUUCUCCCUCCCCCGCGUCUGGUUCUCCCGUCCCCGUAACGGGUUCUCCUGGAGGGCCUCCUCCUGCCGCCACUCCUCGCCGUAGGACGCCCGCCUUUCGUCCUGGUGAGUCUCCGUCCUCCUCCGACCAGGACUCGCUCAGUGGGGGCUCGGAGUCGAGUGAUCGACCCGACACCGAAGAAAGUGAGGAUGAUGAUGAUGGGGAGGGUAGGAUCGAUAGUGAGGGUGAAAGCGAGUUAGAAGAAUACCCGGAUGAUGAUGUGGAGGUGAUUAGUGUAGAGGACAACAACGUAGAUAGUCCUGAGCCCGGUCCUGCCCCUCCCCCUGCUCAAAUUGUGGGCCAGAAACGACGCCGUUCCCUCUCCUCUUCUUCUUCUUCCUCUUCUUCUUCUUCCUCUUCCUCUUCCUCUUCCGGGGUUCUCCCCCCCACCAACGCCAUCGCCGCUGCCGCCGCCGCUGCCGCCGCCCCCGUCGCUGCUCCCCCCCCUUCUCCCAGAGGGGAGCCUUCGCCCAAACGGGUGAAGAGAUCACUGCGGGAAGAAGAGUACUUGUGGGAGAAGAUGAAGUCCGAGCCUGGUCGUUGGAUCGCGGUUGGUGUUGACGAAGCGUGUGAUCGUUGCCGACCGUCUGUCCCCCGUUCGCGGGUACCGUCUUCGUCUCUCCGGUCGGUUCGCCGUACUUCGCCGGACCUCCGCCCGUCGCCUCCGUCGCCGUCGCCCUUCGCUCCUGUGGCCGGCCCAUCACGUCUCCCGGCUGUUCCUCCUUCGUCUUCUCGCCGUCCUUCGGCCUCUGCUCCUUCGGCCUCCCGUCCUUCGGCCUCUCGUCCUUCGGCGCCACGUCCGUCCUCUCCAGUGGUAGCUUCUCCUCCGGCUCACAGCACCCGAAGUCGGCGUCCUUCUGUUCCUCCGGCCGCUUCGGCGGCCCCUCCCGUCACCCCUCCCUCUGCUUCCCAGAAGACACCGAAGUCUUCUUUAAAGAAAUCAAAAGGGAAAUCUAAAGAGAAGGAGGUUGCCUUCGAUGAUGGUGAUGUGGAAGGUGAAGAUACUCAGCGUGCUGGUCCCUCUGCUCCCCGGUUGUCCCUCGUCCACCCUCGUAUCUCCCUGGACGUCCGUAUUCCUGAGGACGAAAAGGAAUUCGCCACUUAUCGUUCUCUCGUCCUCGGUCUCACUACCCAGCUUGAGGCCGCCCGAAAUGAUACAUCUCUCCUGCUUGACUUCUCUUCUCGUCAAGCUAACGCUUUAAACAAUCUUACUGCGGCGUUAGUAGAUGUAGUCAACACUGGGGCUCUGGACGACGAAGCAAGGACGAGGUUAGCGGACGUCUCUCGCCGAAGCCUUACUGAGAUAGCCGAUGUUCGCCGAAGAUUGUUCGACACCCCCUUCCUAGUCACUCCUAUGGCGUAUGAGCCACCACCGUCCCUUGACUGGUUAGGUCGCCGUAGUAGUUCUCGUGUCCCAGCUUCCGCCCAGGCUGCUCUCGACCUCCUCAGUCUUCCCUUCGAGUGUCUACGGACCAUACGUUCUCUGUGGAGGACUCCGAGCAUGCAAGCUGCUCGAGAUGUCCAGGACUUCGGUGACUUCUUCGGGGCUAUGAAUCGGGCAUGGAAUGCUUCUCUCUCUACUGCGUUCCCGUCUGAGACUCUCGAUCUACCUUCGGUCAUCGGUAGCCUCCAUACCAAUCCCGCGGGACCGAGUAGAUCGAAGGAGAAAGGAAAAGGAAAAGGUAAGGGUAAGAGUAAGGACAAGUGA